UGCGUUUGUGGUUUUGACAGCGAAAGAGGGACAGAGAGAGAAUCGGUGAAUUGGGUAGCAAACUGCUUUGACAGUCACUAAAGCAGUUGCAGCUGACAGCAGCGAAGAGCGAAAUAAUGGAGCCACAAGAGAUCAGAGAGGGAUACUUGGUAAAAAAGGGUACAGUGCUCAACUCUUGGAAGGCAGUGUGGGUGGUGCUGUCAGAAGACGGCAUGGAGUUCUUUAAAAGGAAAACCGACCGUUCUCCGAAAGGAAUGAUCCCACUAAAGGGAGCAGCACUCGUCAGUCCUUGUCAGGACUUUUGCAAGAGGAUGCUGGUUUUCAAGCUCACCACUGACAAGAAGCAGGAUCACUUCUUCCAAGCCUCACACGUGGAGGAGAGAGAGUUCUGGGUCAAGGACAUCAAGAGAGCCAUUACCUGCCUACAGGGCGGGAAACGGUUUGCCAGGAAGUCGACCAGACGCUCCAUUCGCCUGGCUGAGACCAUAAACCUGAAUGAGCUGUACGCACUGCUGAAAGACCAGGAUGAUGGAGUGAAAGAAUUAAAACUGGAGCAGGAGAAUCGAGUCUUCAACCACUGCUUCACUGGUGCAACAGUGGUAGACUGGCUGAUUUCGAAGGAGAAGGCAAGAAACAGGCCCGAGGCCCUGAUGUUAGCGACGGGGCUCCUGAAUGAGGGGUUUCUCCAGCCUGCGGGUGACAUGGCUAAAGACGGAGCGGAGUGCGAAGAGCAAACGACCUUCUUAGAUCGGACAGAGGCUCUUUACUACUUUGUGGACAGUGGGUUCUUCUGUGAGGGCUACUCCAGUGAUGAGGAUGUGCUUGUGAAGGAAGAAUUCAGAGGAAACAUCAUAAAACAAGGGUGCCUACUUAAACAGGGACAUAGGAGAAAAAACUGGAAGGUGCGAAAGUUCAUACUGAGAGACGACCCUGCUUACAUACAUUAUUAUGAUCCCACAAAGGGUGAUGACCCUCUGGGCUCGAUCCAUCUCCGUGGGUCUGUGGUCACGGCUGUGGAGUACGUUCCUGAUGCCAAAAAGUACGACAUUGACGGCAACCUCUUUGAGAUCAUCACAUCCGACGAGGUUCACUACUUCUUCCAAGCUGCCACGGGCGAAGAAAGAAAGGACUGGAUCAAAGCAAUACAGGCUGUGGCAAAAAGUGGCAAAUAACAGUGUGUCUGCCAUCCAAUGCUGAACAUACUCACUGUAAAAGCUUGAUAGAUCUCUCAGCUUGUGCCAGCUAACUAUAACUAAAACUUUAUCAGUGUUGUGCUGUGUCAUUCUAGAAAAACAGGUAAAUAAUGAAAUAAUAAGUUUCUCCCCUCUGUACACUAUCAAACAAUAAUCUGUUUGUUUUUUUAAUUUGCAAGUCACUAACUAAAGAGAAAUAAAAGUUUUGUUGUCUAAAAUUAAAUUUUAAUAAGGAACGCCUAAUCAAAUGUUUGCAUACUAGUUAUGUCACAGUAUUGUGCUUUGUGACAAACCGGUGGCACAAUGCGUCCUAGCUCAGUUAUAACAAGGAAAUAAAGUGCAACAUCUUGGUUAUACCAUCA